UUUGAAAAAAAGAAGACCUCCCAAGUGGUUAAAAUCAUCUACAGAAUGUAAUAGCACAAUAAGCAAAAAGAAAGAACGGGCAUUAAUACCAUUAGAUAAAAAUAUGCAAUCAAAUAGAUCUAUAUUCAAGAAAUUUAGCAAUGCUUAUAUCAAGGCUGAUCAAGAUACUGAAGCUUUAAAUAAUAGUCAAGUACAAGAGAAGGGUGUAGUAAAUAAAUAUAGAUGCAGAAUUUGUGGUGGUCUUGGACAUAAUGCUCGAAACAAGAAAAAAUAUUAUCAACAAAAUUUUUCAUAG